GCAAAACCGUGAUUUGGAUUUCUAAUCGCCCUAUAAAGCUCCAGAGGCGGCCAGGCACCUGCAAAGAGCCUCGCCGCCUCCCAGACGCGCGGCCCCCGCGAACAGCCGCCUCGUGAUUUCCCCGCGGAGCCGGUCCCCGCCUCCCCACUCCACCCCCGCCUCCCCCGAGCCCAACUCCCUCCUCUCUCGGUCUCUCUCCUCUCCUCCUGACGCUCGUGUGCGGGACAGAGUCAGCAAGAGUGAAGACGACUGGAGGUGACGCCGGACACAUUGCGCUUGGGGCCGUAUCGGCCGAACGUGUGCUGUGUGCGCUGCGCGGAGGAGCGGCGGGAGCGCCGGAUCGUGGCGCCCGAGUCUAGCCCAUUUCUGAGCCUGACCCACCGAAGACUCUGGACAGCAGAGGCCCCGGCACCAACAAGCUGAUGGCGUCGUCCACCCCGUCCUCAUCCGCCGCCGCCCCCAACGCGGGAGCGGACCCCAAUACCAGCAACCUGCGCCCUACAACGUACGACACCUGGUGCGGGGUGGCCCACGGAUGCACCAGAAAACUGGGGCUCAAGAUCUGCGGCUUCUUGCAGAGGACCAACAGCCUGGAAGAGAAGAGCCGGCUUGUGAGCGCCUUCAAGGAGAGGCAGUCCUCCAAGAACCUGCUUGAAAACAGUGACCGAGAUGCCCGCUUCCGGCGCACUGAGACGGACUUCUCCAACCUGUUUGCUCGAGAUCUGCUUCCAGCUAAGAAUGGGGAGGAGCAAACUGUGCAGUUCCUACUGGAGGUGGUGGACAUACUUCUCAACUAUGUUCGUAAGACGUUCGACCGCUCCACCAAGGUGCUGGACUUUCACCACCCACACCAAUUGCUGGAAGGCAUGGAGGGUUUUAAUUUGGAACUCUCUGACCACCCUGAAUCCUUGGAGCAGAUCCUGGUUGACUGCAGAGACACCCUGAAGUAUGGGGUCCGCACAGGUCACCCUCGCUUUUUCAACCAGCUCUCUACGGGAUUGGAUAUCAUUGGUUUAGCCGGUGAAUGGUUGACAUCAACUGCUAAUACCAAUAUGUUUACUUAUGAAAUUGCACCCGUGUUUGUCCUCAUGGAGCAAAUAACUCUUAAGAAGAUGAGAGAGAUAGUUGGAUGGUCAAGUAAAGAUGGUGAUGGGAUUUUUUCUCCUGGGGGAGCCAUAUCCAACAUGUACAGCAUCAUGGCUGCUCGUUACAAGUACUUCCCAGAAGUUAAGACAAAGGGCAUGGCAGCUGUGCCCAAACUGGUUCUCUUCACCUCGGAACACAGUCACUAUUCCAUAAAGAAGGCUGGAGCUGCACUUGGCUUUGGAACUGACAAUGUGAUUUUGAUAAAGUGCAAUGAAAGGGGGAAAAUAAUUCCAGCUGAUUUAGAGGCAAAAAUUCUUGAGGCCAAGCAAAAGGGAUAUGUUCCUCUGUAUGUCAAUGCAACUGCUGGUACAACUGUUUAUGGAGCUUUUGAUCCGAUACAGGAUAUUGCAGAUAUAUGUGAGAAAUACAACCUUUGGCUACAUGUUGAUGCAGCUUGGGGCGGAGGACUGCUCAUGUCCAGGAAGCACCGCCAUAAACUCAGUGGCAUAGAAAGAGCCAACUCAGUCACCUGGAAUCCGCACAAGAUGAUGGGUGUGUUGUUGCAGUGCUCCGCCAUUCUCGUCAAGGAAAAGGGUAUCCUCCAAGGAUGCAACCAGAUGUGUGCAGGCUACCUCUUCCAGCCUGACAAGCAGUAUGAUGUCUCCUAUGACACUGGAGACAAGGCAAUUCAGUGUGGCCGCCACGUGGACAUUUUCAAGUUCUGGUUGAUGUGGAAAGCAAAGGGCACAGUGGGAUUUGAACAUCAGAUCAACAAAUGCCUUGAACUGGCAGAAUACCUCUAUGCCAAGAUUAAAAACAGAGAAGAAUUUGAGAUGGUAUUCGAUGGUGAGCCUGAGCACACAAACGUCUGCUUCUGGUAUAUUCCACAAAGCCUCAGAGGUGUUCCAGAUAGCCCUGAGCGACGGGAAAAGCUACACAGGGUGGCUCCAAAAAUCAAAGCUCUAAUGAUGGAGUCGGGCACCACCAUGGUUGGCUAUCAGCCCCAGGGAGACAAGGCCAACUUCUUCCGGAUGGUCAUCUCCAACCCAGCUGCUACCCAGUCUGACAUCGACUUCCUCAUUGAGGAGAUAGAAAGAUUGGGCCAGGAUCUGUAAUCCUCCUCCAUAGAACGUGGGUUUAUGGGGAAAUCACUCUCCUCUGGCACUCUAGAACAAGCCUCUUUAAGUUGCUGAAACACUUAGUCCAUUUCACUGAGGGAAAAAUAUAUCUUGGAGAAUACUGUUAAAACCUUACUUAAGCUUGUUUGUUAUAGCUAGCAGGAAGUACUGUUCUUUUUCAAAAGUUGCACAUUAGGAACACAGUAUAUUUGUACAGUUAUAAAUACCUCUCUCUAUAUAUAUGUGUGUGUGUAUAGUGAGUGUGGCUUAGUAGUACAUCACAGCAUGUUUCCCACCCCAGGAGAAUUACCUUUACCUUCAGCAGUUACUGAGGGGCUAAACAUGCUGCAAACCAGCUUGCCCAACAACCACAGAAAGGAUGUAUAUACACUGUAGUGUCCUAGAGACCAAGAGAAAUGCUGCUGGUGUGGGAGUCCACCUCACUGUCAUUGUUUCUCUUACUUGGGGUCACGAUGGAUGAGUAAAAACAUCACCAGGUGACAGGUAACACCCUCCCCAUUAGCAUCUUAUUAAGGGGAAAUCGUAGCAUUGUUACAGGUAUACUUAUUGCUGUGCUGUUAGAGAUUCAUUUGUGUAGAUUGGGUAUAUUAUUGUUGUCUGACCUUGGGGGAGGGGAAGAACACAUGUAAUAAUUUCAAUGACUGUUUAAUUGUAGGUAAAUGAAAUAUUUGCUUAUUUAUAUUCAGAGAUUUACCAUGUUAAAGAGGUGUCUUGUAUUUUCUUCCCAUUUGUAAUGUAUCUUAUUUCUAUAUUAUUGAAGUAAGUUCUGAAAACUGUUUAUGGUAUUUUCAUGCAUUUGUGAGCCAAAGAGAAAAGAUGAAAAUUAGUGAGACCUGUAUUUAUAUUAGAGUGCCCUUAAUAUAAUGACUUAAGCAUACGUUUACGGUCUGUAAAAGAAUCCUGACACUGUAAAUAGAGUCAUAUAUAUGGAAAUUCCAUUACUUAAAUAGCAUCUGCUCUUCUAUCGCUCUUUCUGUCUGGCUGUCUGUCCAAUGUCCUCAAUGCUUUUCUAGUAACUGUUGGAUAAUAACUAGAUACCCUGUAAUUUUGUAGUUGCCCAUGACCAAUCUCUGUGACUCGCUUAGCUAAAACCUAAGGCAAUGUUUCCGAAGACCUCCUGAACAGCUGACCAGGCUCACAACUGUUUUUGAAGAGAGGAAGUUCACACUGUGCAUUUUAGAGUAUGCAAGAAAAAUAUAAGUAAAUAAAAAUAUUCUCCGUAGAGAAUUUGAACAAAAA